AUGGCUACACCAUCACCCGGAGGCGUCGACCUCAGCAAUCUCAUCAAAACCAUGAGUCCAUCACUGCACAACGACACCUGUGUCUGGAUUACCAUCUCUCCUUCUAACUCCGCCAGUCAAGAAUUCCUCAAAGACAACUUAUGGAACGCCGAGAUGCUCUUCCGCGAAGCAGAAGGCUACACCAUGAUCAUCACCAAAGCCCUCGCAGACGAAGCAGAUAUGGACUAUGUCUUCCCAUGCCGGAAGAUCACUUUGAACGUACAUUCGAGUCUCGAGGCCGUGGGAUUCAUGGCCGCGAUAGCAACGAGAUUGACUAGCAUCAGGACGGGGUCGAAUCCUGUUAGCGGGUACUAUCAUGAUCACUUAUUCCUGCCGGUUGGCAAGGAGGGUAUCAUCGUGGAGGAAUUAAAGAAGAUGGCCGCUGAGCAGUCAUGA